AUGUCAUAUGAAAGUCAAGAUUAUGGAUCUCGACAAAGGCGAACAAGGUACGAUGCCUAUGAUUCACCGCCAAUGCGAGGACGUCAGAACGACUACGUAGCUGAAGAAAGACAUCACCGUCCUUUCUACAGACCUGAAAUGCGCCCACGCUAUCGUGAUUACGAUGAAAUGCAGGACAGAAGACCUCCUCCGUCACGAAGAGACUACUUUAGCAGACGUGGUGGUGGUGGUGGCGACUACUACGGCGGUCCGCCCCCACGUCGAACUGAACAAGCCCGACCUUGCAAAGUUCUCGGCGUAUUCGGCCUCUCAAUUCACACGACUGAACGAGAUCUUUACAACGUUUUCUCAAUAUAUGGUCGUGUUCGCGAUAUCCAUAUGGUCUAUGACAAUAUGUCAGGUCGAUCACGAGGUUUUGCAUUUGUGUACUACGAUUCAACGGAGGAUGCUCGGCGAGCGAAAACUAGUUGUGAAGGCGGGCUUGAUAUCGACGGUAAAGUUGCUCGUGUUGACUACAGUCUAACCACAGCUCCGCAUCGUCCCACGCCUGGCAUUUACAUGGGAAGGAGGUAUGACGACGACAGAAGGCGUGGAAGACCGUGCGAACGUCUACCACGUUACGGCCGCUAUUCUGAAGAUGAUAUGGGGCCUUCCUAUGGUCGAAUGCCUCCACGAUAUUGUGGUAGUGACAUAUCUACAUCACCGGGACGCCCUGUUCGCGAGCGUUCACCGAUUCGACCUUCCCGGCACUUGCAGCGUUCUGGUGGUCGACGACGUACCGUCUCCAGCAGUCGCUCUAGGUCACCACCCCCAGUCUACAAUGGGAGCCGAAAGGUGUCUGAAGGUUCCCCCGAUCGCCCACGCAAGUCUGGAACUGGGAACAAUGUAGGUGGAGGCGCCAACGCGGGCGGAAAGGUGGUUGAUGUGGCUUGGUCCGAUGCUGAGUAG